AUGGGUUCAAAACCUACUCUCCCUUACUGUGCCCCGGAGAAUGUUCUCCCUGGGCCAAUACCUACCGUGGAAGAGAUCCUCAAAGCUGAACAGCUACGGCGCGCCGGUCAGGCAGUAACCGGUGUUGCCCGCAUUCGUGAGCACUUCAUCGUGAAGUUUGGAAGACAUGUCAACCUUCAAGAGGGUGAAAACAUGCUCUUCGUCCGGCAAUUCACCAAUGUGCCCGUCCCAACCGUCUAUGCGCUCUUCUCGGACGAGAAAAAAAAGUGCAACUUCAUCAAGGAUCUCACCGCUCCCCAGAAGACGGCUAUAGCGUCGCAGCUCCGGGAAAAUAUGGAAGAGCUCCGCCAAACCCCCUCGCAAGGCUAUUACGGGGGCAUAUGGAGGCAGCCGACUCGUGACUACACAUUCGAGGACCCGAAUUCUAUGGCCCCGGUUGGCGGGGCUAUCUCAGCCCCGCAUGAGUCGGAGGAGCAGUGGGUGGAUGCCAUGUGGCGAUGUCUCGAUAUCAGGAUGAAGUCGGCGGAGAGGGAGAGACUCCCGGUGCUCCGAAAGCUCUAUCAAAUCAUAUUCAAAGGUCACAAACCGGUUUUUACCCACGCAGACUUCUUUCCGGGGAAUAUGAUUCUUCGUGAUGAUAACAAGGGCGUUGUCAUCAUUGACUGGGAGCGUUCCGGCUGGUACCCCUCCUUUUGGGAAUAUUGCCAUGCCAUGACACAGCUUGACUACGAGAGCGACUUCUGGGAGUAUAUUCCAUCCAUUCUCGAUCAAUAUGUCGCCGAACUGGGUUGGAUGCGCACGCAUCGGGAGUCGUUGUUAUUCUUCUGACCGUUAUUUCUUACAACACCAAGAACAUGAAUUCGCGCGUCACCACCCGACGCAACUACGAGUUCGGCUCUCCUUAUUUCUUUACCCCAUCAUCUUCAGUUAGCCAUACCUCUGCCUGCAUCCACACGCGACCACUAUUGUAAUCCUUCCCAUCGCUGCUCCCGAAUGCGAGGACAGCCGGGUGCGCUACGACACCAACAAACCAGCCGUCGCACCGGCCGUCGUCCUCGUACAACUUAUGGAGUGGAUGCGCCUUCAUGAUGUCGGAACCCAUUCUAAACGGCUGAUUGUAGAGGUCGGGCAACGACAUGAAACUCAUGAGUGUCCGACGGGUCCAGAGCCUGUACGAGAGCUCCCCUGCAUACUGAACAAUAGACUCUAGGUCAUUG